CCUUUUCGAAUCUCCACAAUUUGUCUUGAAAAAUGCGUUUCCUCGCCGUCGUCGCCCUCCUCGCCUCGUUGACGGCCGCCCGGCCCGCGGAGAAUGGGAUGUUCAAUAUCGAGCUCUCGUGCGUUGGGCUGAACGAUAGAGCGUGUGUCGCCAACGCCACGAGCGGCAUGGGCUGCUGCGUGCCCUUGUAUUGCGGGGCUGAUCAUCGGUGCCACCGUCCUUGAUUCGGGGAGUCGUGGUUGUUAGGAUGCGGUUCGUGGCUGAAGUUCAGGGAGUGGUUUGUGGGUUGUGAGGCUGUGGGUGAUGGAUCGAGGUCACGGUGGUCCAUGAUGGUACAGGGGUGAUAUCAGCUGUUGCAAGGCAAUGAUUGUGGGUUUUGAGGACUAUGGGUAGGUGGAUGGCUAAUGGAGGAGGUGUGGUGGAUCGAUAGCGGAUUAAUGAGUGGAAUUGACUGCGUCAUGCUUGCGAGUGGGAUUUGAGUGUUCGAUAGGAACAGAAUUCUUGAUUCUGAGGAUGAUACCUGCUCGGCUGGGUGAUGUUUGUCUUGCUGAUUGAGGGAUAGCGUACUGGAAAACGAAUGGACUUGGUUUUCGUUGUAUACUGGGACAGUUCUUGACCACAUAUACGGUACGGUUUAGCAGUCACGGGUAGGUCUGGCAA